UGUUAUGUAGACGUUUCUUCAUCCUUCAAACCCCCAAGUCCAAGAGUUCUGGAUCCUCUUGACCUCCAGCCAAAGAAGGAAGACCGCGGGCGUCGACGCGCGUCACGAAGCGUCCCACGCCGCGGUAGCCGGUGACGCAGAAGACUGGUGAGAUUGUGAGGAGAGAGAGCGAGUAAACAAGAGGACGAGAUGCUGUGAAAGAUGCGGAUUACCUCACAUCUCACAUGUCUGACUGGAUGAUUCGCUCUAUUGUGGCCCAAACAAUGACUGCCGCGCGUAGUGGGCUUAAAAACGCUAGAAUCGCGCGCACAGAGCGCAAUCUUCGCGGGAGACAGGCAGCAACCCUCAGAGAGGUCGAUGGAGGCUGAAGGGACCCGCUGGAGGACCACACCACAGCCAAACGGAGGGUGUUCCGAUCCUCUGAUUGAUGGUGUUCACUCUGGUGGGCGGGGCCUCUCUGUGUGGAGCGGCGGCCCUCGUGCUCCUCAUCAUCUCCACGGCUACUGACUAUUGGAUGCAGUAUCGCUACUCGGGGAACGCAGCCAAUCAGGGCCUCUGGAGGUUCUGCAUCAAUCGCAAGUGCCACGCCCACACGCUGACCGUGGCAUUCUGGGACGCCACGCGGGCCUUCAUGCUGCUGUCGGUGCUGGGCUGCUUCGCUGGAGUGCUUUUGGGCGUCACUGCAUCCAAACGGCCCCGGAGCCGACGGGUGCGGACCGGAGGAAUCGCCCUGCUGCUGUCCGGAUUUCUUGCGCUCUUGGCUUUGGCGAUCUACACCGGCAUGACCGUCAACUUCUUUGGCAAACGCUACAUCGACUGGAGAUUCUCAUGGUCGUAUAUCUUGGGUUGGAUCGGCAUCAUAUUGGCUUUUGCAGCAGGCGUCCUGCAGCUCUGUGCGUAUCAGAGGAGCGUCUCUGAACCGGCGCCUGUGAGCGUCUCUGACAGCUGAAACUCAAACAUCUCAACAUGAAAUAAACUGCUUUUGGACUC